AUGGCGCUGAGCCGCGGCGGGAUGGCGGCCCCCCUCCCGCUGCUGCUGCCGCGGCGGCUAGCGGCGGGUGCGGAACCCCCCGAGAACGUAGUGCGCGUCCCCUGGGCCCUGCGGCUGCGCCUGAAGCGGGGCGCGCAGCGCCGUCGCCGCGGGCAAAAGGAGGAGGCGGCGGCGGCUGCACGGCCCGGGAAGCUGCUGCUACGGAGCCGGCGGCCAGAGCUGAGCCAGCCCCGCUGGCAGACGGUGGGGCGCUGGGAGCGGCCGCAGCUGGUGUCGGCGGGCUGGAAGCACAGGAAGGCCUGCGGGGACUACUUCCAGCUGGAGCCCUCGCAGGAGGCGGCUCCCGCCCUGCAGGCGCCGCCGCCUGACGCGGAGCCGGGCCCGUCCUUCGCCGCGAUGGGGCUGCAGCCGGCGCUGCUGGCCGGCCUGGAGGGCCUCUCCAUCGGCCGCCCCACGGCGGUGCAGCGCCUCGCCAUCCCCGCGCUGCGCCGCGGCCGCAGCGCCCUCUGCGCCGCCGAGACCGGCAGCGGCAAGACGCUGGCCUACCUGCUGCCGCUGCUGGACGGGCUGCUCUCCCGCCCCGAGGGGCCGGCGGAGGCGGAGGCGGCGGCGGAGGCGGCGGCGGGGCCGGCGUCGCCCCGCGGGCUGGUGGUGCUGCCUUCGCGGGAGCUGGCGGCGCAGGUGGGCGCGGUGGCGGCGGCGCUGUGCCGGCCGGCGGGGCUGGGGGUGCGCGGGCUGACGGGCGGCGGCGCCGCGGGCGGGCUGCGGAGGCAGCUGCGGGCGCCGGGGACGGGUGCCGCCGUGCUGCUGGGCACCCCCGGGGCGCUGCGGGAGGCGCUGCGGCGGCGCUUCCUGGCCCUGGGGCGGCUGCGCUGGAUGGUGCUGGACGAGGCGGACUCCCUGAUGGACGACUCCUUCAUAGAGGCGCUGGAGGAGAUCCUGGCGCACACACCCCUGGCCGCUGGAGCCCCCGGGCCGGCCGGCCCUGGGGAGGCGAGGACCCAGGUGGUGGUGGUCGGGGCCACCUUCCCGACGGGGCUGAGCCAGACGCUGGGGAAGUUCACCGACGUGGGCCGGUUUGUCACCCUCGCCACCCAGAGCCUGCACCGCCUGCCGCCCCACGUCCAGCAGAAGUUUGUCCGCCUCAAAGGCCGGGACAAGCUGCCCGAACUGCUGCAGCUACUCAAGGAGCGCCCAGCGUCCGGCGGGGCUGUUCUCAUCUUCUGCAACAGUGCCAGCACCGUCAACUGGCUGGGCUAUAUCCUGGAUGACCACAAAAUCAAGCACCUGAGGUUGCAGGGACAGAUGUCGGCAGCUGCCAGAGCUGGCAUCUUUGCCUCCUUCCAGAAGGGUGACGUGUCUGUCCUUGUCUGCACUGACCUUGCCUCGCGGGGGCUGGACACCAGCAGCGUGCAGCUAGUGGUCAACUAUGACUUCCCAGACACGCUGCAGGACUACCUGCACCGCGUGGGGCGAGUUGGACGGGUUGGAAGCAAGGUGCCUGGAGCUGUGGUUAGUUUUGUCACCCAUCGGUGGGAUGUGGACCUGGUACGGAAAAUAGAGACUGCAGCCCGGAAGAGGACAGGUCUCCCAGGCAUGGACUCCUCUAUUAAUAAGCCUCCACCUAAAGGAGGUUGAUUCAGGUUGCCAAGCAGUAAUAAGUGGCCUGGUAGGGACUAAGCUUGAAGUCAUUAAGGCAGAGGGAAUGAGCUUCUAUGUGUAAACUAGACUGAAAGAACAGGGAAUUGAGUUUCAGAACCAGGUGAUCAGGUUAACUUUGUGCACUGUUCUGGAAGCUGCAAUAGUCAUUUCCAUAGGCAUCAGAACUCAGGGCUUUCCAAAAGGAAGCUAGUAAGUAAGUAAGAAAAUGCCUUUGGAGAAGACUGAAGAAUGAUCUCCUCAGUUGAUUUUGUUUAAUUUUGUUGAGACCUUUAACUUGAAUUCAAAUCAGAAUGAGAGUGUGCCUGUAUGCUGUGCAGCUCUGUUGCAUUUCAUUGCUUCCCACCAGCAGCAGCUAAAUAUUCAUUACUAAAACUUAAAAAUUACUACUGUGGCAGGAAAGAAAAGGAAAAUGUUUUCCUAACUUUGAUAAAACUUUGACCAAUUACACAUACAUGUAGAAAGACUAAAGGACAAAUUAUAUUUGAUUUUCUUGUGAUGCAGUAGUUCAUUCAGAGAAUUCUAGACCAGAUACCGCUAAAGUUUGGGUGGAACGAGAAGGCACAAUAAAGCUUGAGGCUUUUUCACUGUCUUAAUUUGUCAUUUUAUGGUUACCUUUCACUGAGAAAGGACAUCUUGCUGCUUCAUGUUCUGUUAAAUAAUAAUAAAAAAAGCCUUUAAGUGUUUUCUGCUCAUUUUUUCUAGAUGCUAUGGUGACAUGUCCAGUCUCUGAAGUGAUUGUAAAAACAACAAAAAAAACAGCCCAUCCAAAAAAUGUCACCUGUUGAAGGAAAGAAGUGUGUUGACUCCUAGGUUCUAAUGGCUCACAGGUAACAGAGUACAAGAUUUCUUUUGAAUAUUUAUUAUUCUGCUUUAAACCAAAAGAACUAAAGUGAGCCUGAAGUUAUUUCAUAUCUAGCUGCUAGUUUGUAUCUGUGGUAAAUAAUCACACAAAAAUAGCAUUUUAGUUCUGAUUUCUGUUGCAGUGAUUUAUCACAGCCUUUUCUUUUAGUGGUUGUUUUUCCCAUGCUAUCCACUUUAGCCUGUACUAAAACUCAGUAUGCAGAAAUAGUAAACUGUUAAAUGAGAAGAUCACAGCAUAGUAUCUAAAUCACUGGUUUCAAAGGAAAUAAGGCACUGGAGCUACUCUUAGUAUACUGAGAGUAAAAACUAAACAAACAAACAGAAAACUUUCACAGAUAAUCACUUAAGGAUAAGGCUAUAUAACUUUAUCCUGGAAAUUGUACACACGUACUGUUCACAUUGCACAGUUUAGGGGCUUUUAGGGGAAGUUACAAGCUGCAGUAAAAUUAUUUAAUACAAUACAACGCUUUCAACUUUAUAGAAAUACAGUGGAGGACUGAUCCACUCAGAGACUGGAAACCUUUAUAUUUUGGACCCAUUCAUUGCACGGAUACUUGCCUCUCAUCUGCAGUUCGUUUAACUGCGAAUCAGGCAAUGUAUGUGUCCAUAUGUAUAGGAAUAGGGUAAAUCCUUAAACAGAAAGCUGGGAACAAUAUAGUAUUAUAAUUUACAGACGAUCCUAUUUCCAUUUGUUAAUAUGCAUCUUCUGUUGUAUCGGGUCCUCUCAACUGCUGAGAAAUAGCUUCCUUUAACUGUAGACGCACAGAUUAAACGAGGUAAAUUGUAUUCAAGAGACUCCAAGUAAGAAAUUUUUAAUAUUUGCUUUCCUGCUUUGCCUAAGCAAUUUCAGGCUGACUCUACUCUGUCUCAAGUGUCAUAUAAUUUGAAUCUGAUGUUUUUCAAAGCUGUAGUGCUUCACUGUAUUGGCAUAAAUAGCAAGUUACUACCUGCUUCAUAGAGUGUCUUUCUUUCCUGAGGCAGCUGGUGAUGGUGACCGUGCUUCUCAUUUCAACAUAGAGAGUCGCCCUUUUAAGUUUCUGAGGAAAAUUGUUGCUUGGGAUCUCGGAUGUCCAAUUUCAAGUAUUUGUCUUCUCAUAUAGCUGUUAUACAGGACUAAAUCAGUCAGUUGGUUCGGCUAAAAUUUUUUAACUGUUGCAGAUGUUGUGUAUUGUAGUACUUUGUUACCUACAGUUUCCAGCUAAAUAAUGCAACCGAAGUUAACCACAGUUAAAUGAUGUUACAUAAACAAUAACUUCUGACACAAGAUCCAUGGUCAAACUGUGUGGCAACGGUCAUUCAUAGUUAGUGCAUCUGUGUAAUUUGUAUCAGUAACUAAGUGGCAUUGGUGAUAAGAGAGUAUUUUUUUUCUUGAGUUAAAAUAUGUGGAAGGAAAAUGGGAGGAAGGUUCACUUCUGAUAAAUUACCCAGGUUAUAAAAGGCAGUGUGGGCAUACUUGACACUGAAAUACAAAAUAUACAUGUUAAAAAUGAAUGAUUGGUGUAUUACACGUUACAGAAAUCAAUUGUAUGUGUUCUGAUGGCCAUAACAAAAGAUGCUGAAGAUGUUCUACAAGGUUAUAUUUGGAUAUUUUUGUUACAUUUUUUAGAUGUAUAAUUUGUAGUUUAACUUCUGUAACUCACUUUUAAAACCUCAGCAACGUAGUCUAUGAAUCUGGAAUCGUGUUACAGUGAAUCCCAUGACAGGUCAGUCUGGAGGGCAGCACAUGAUAUUAUCAAAUUAGACAACACAGUGAAAUAAUAAAGUUCUUUCAGCCA